AUGGAAGGCCCUCAACGUCGUCGUCGCCCAGCUGCGACUUACGGAAAGUCAACCAAAAAGCGAUACGCGGAUGUGGUUUGUGGCGAUAUCUUCACAUCUACAGAUUCACCGAAAGAGCUGGAGGAGUUAUCGGGGGAGGAGCAGCAGCAGCAACAGCAACGAAACAACUCAAAGGGAGUCCCUACAAUAACUACAACAAAGACAGUCAAGGCGCAGAAAAACCAACAGAUAAUAACCGACCCCUCCUCAAACCUUAUUGGUGGGGCAAGCCUACUGCUGAAGGAUGGUCAGAAGAAGGUCCAAGCCACAUUGAAGGGAAAGAAUAAACGACCCAUCGCAAAUUCUGCUGUAACCAGUCCCCCAAAACAUCAUAAAGUCUUUGACUUUACCCCAAGUGAUGACGAUGACAAUAUUCCCCAGCCUCAAAUAGAAGAUACAUGGCGUCAUAACGGCAUUGACGAAUUUGAUGUUCCAUCUAGUGGCGACGAAGAAUCUUUCGCCGUGCGAAAGAAGCCUCUACCGAAUCAGUUACCCAGAGCUCCCAAUACUUCUAUUAAUACCAGCAUAAGGAGAUUUGCGAAGGAAACCAAGAAAGGAAGGGACGGCUUGCCUUCUCAAGAUUCCAAACUUGUUCGUAAGGAUUCUACUUCAAGAAGGGGCGAAAACCAGGCAGCAAACAGCAAAGACGGCGGCAGAGACACAGCUAAAAUCAAGAAACUCCCUCCAACCAAACCCCCGACUGAAGUCCCCAAGGCUGUUUCCAAACUGGACGAAAUCUCUAAAGCUCCGAAGCCUGCGAAAAGGCAUUACAUAAGCUCACUGUCACUUGAACCGGAUGUCAUGACGGAACAUUUAUCUGAACAAACCGUUCGACAUGCCCGAACGAAGUCGACUCAGACAAAACCUAAGAUUAACCUUUCUAAUGGACCUGCUAAACCUGUUACUCUGCCAGUGAUUUCUGAUGAGACACAGUUAUCUCCACUAUUAUCUCAACAAAAUCGUCGGGAUUCGGUUCCUUAUUCUCCCGGCAUAGUUGCACACGUCGAUGGGUUAUCCAACAGAAAUCCUAAACCAGAAGGAGAAUCCAAAGGAGCUAAGAGGGUUCCGAGGUUUUCGGAGAUAUUUCAAAGUGGUGGUGAUGAACUACCAGCUCCCCAGCGCAGGAGGCUCAUAGAUAGGCUUGGGGCCGGGAAGCCUGAUUAUCCAAUGAUGUCGUCGUCCGAAUCAGAGAGCAGUGACGAGGGUUUGGAUGAAUAUACCUAUCAUACUCAACAAUCCACUUCACAACCUCGGAAUCCAUUCGAAUCACAACCAGAGGUUGAUAUUGCAAUGGAGGAGUCACAGUUCACCAUAGAACCCACCGCCAAACCAGUUUAUAAUAACAGCGGCCCAAAAGUUACUUACGCACGGCAACGGUCUUUUCGAACGGAAGAGUUUGAUGAAAACACCAUGUUCAAUGUGCCGCUUGUGAUGUCACAACAAUCCUUCGGGAGCAAACGCAAUGAUGGUAUGGGAGAAGACGAGGACUUGGAGGGUGAAACUGGGUCUAAAAUGAUGAAGACCAUCCAUGAGCUGCGUGAGGCUGGGGUGAACAACCGUUUCCUGGAUGAUAUCGAGGAACUAUUCGGUGAUAUUGAGGGAGACAGCCCUCUAAGUAGGCGGAGGUCUGGUUAUCUGGAACUAGCGGGGAAAAUGCGAGAAAAAAGCUUCAUCAGCAAGUUCCGUGCCAAUAAUUUCACAGAAAGAUUGUUUACAAAGCUCAACAAGCAGACUGAUGAGAUCGUUUGCUUUAUCUUGUCUUACAUCCUUUGCUGCCUCUUGCUUGAAGACUCCACGGUGCAAAUAGCUUCUCAGGCUCGUAAAAACGGCUCAAUUCCGAUGCUUGUUCGUAUGCUUGAUUUUGAAAAGGAUAUUUAUAUCAUCGCCAAAGACCGGAAAACAAACAUGUCGAAAGCCACACAGAGUAUGGUCCAGGAUCUCCGCACGCAGGUUGAAAAAUCACCCAUUUUUUCCAACAGGCGGCCAAAAAUCCUCUCACCGCAGAUUAUAGCUCUUAAAGUAUUAGAACAAUCUGUGAGAAAGCUUAGGGAAGCUGGUGUUGAUGAUGAUAUUUUAUCUGCUGGUGGGUUGGGAAAAUUAGUGCAUAUUUUGAAUCCAUUCGCUAUUACAAAUUUCAAGGGCGUUGAGAAAGCCCGGGACACUUUUGUGCUCGAGCUUGCCGUAUCAACCCUGGAAUCCCAUGCAGUUGGGAACCGGGUUCCUGCAGAGCAGCAAUUUUCUCCGUCGGAACUUAAGAUUGUGGCGGCCCUUAUUCCGGCUGUGAUCAAGAUGGAAACGAGCGAUGUCAACGAUAUUUUAUUGCUGAUUUUACGAUUCACUAUCAAUCUCACGAACAACCGUGCGUCGAUCUGUAAUACAUUUGCCGAGUCAUCGCUCAUUUCAGUAUUGGUGGGGAUGGUAUGUACCAAAUUCGACGAUUUGGCGGAUCUUAGUCUCGAAAUGAACGAACGUCUCGUAAAGCUAGAUCUGUUGAUUCUUAGUUUGGGGCUUCUAAUCAACUUCGCAGAGCUGAGUGACAGGGCCAGAUGCGCCGUAGAUGAUCGAGGUGCCCCAGAAGAUGAGAAGACACUCCUUGAUGAGCUACUUCAUAUAUAUCUUGAACGACAGGAACGGGCAGCGGAGGCCGAUUCGGAAGAAGAAUCCCAAUCCAAUGUUGCAUUCGGGUAUCUUUCAAUUUUACUGGGAAAUCUGUGCCAAAAUAGUAAUAUCCAGGAGAAAAUACGGCUAAGGAUGCCGAACGCUACGCUCCAACCCCUCUUCAAUUCUCUUGAAGAGUUCAUCGCGCAUCACCGGAAGGUGGAUGACCAAUAUGAGAAUUAUGAUGAUGGUCCAAAUGCGGCAUUCACAGAAAGGCUGGAGCAGAUGGUCAGGAGAUUAAGGAAAGGAUAA